AUGGCCAAACUGGGGAGAGUCUGUGACGGAUUAUUUACCGACCACCCAGAACUGCGGCCUGGAGUUGCGGCGUCGCCCCCGAGUCCUUAUCGGCCCACGGCAAAAAUCCAAUCAAGUCUGAGACCAAGCCGUGCUGUGGUUGUCUCUGGUGGUUUCUCUGGGUCCCGGUCCUGGUCGACCCAAGCCCUAGCCCUAGCUCUUAGCCCCCUCCGGCAAAGCGUGCUGCCUAAAUGCGAUCCCCGCUCUUCCGGCGCUGGGCCCUAUUGGGUUGCAUCUGUCUAG